AUGCUGUGUCAGGCACUUCGCAGAUUUGGUCAAAAGCUGGUACGUAGAUGUCUGCUGGAGAAAGAAGUGCCUGAGUUUGAAAUUGGCAGAAGCCUGAGCACUCUGGAUUUAGUGGCUCUGGGUGUCGGCCGCACAGUAGGUGUUGGUGUGUAUUUCCUGGCUGGUGAGGUGGCUGGCAAUCAAGCAGGACCAUCCAUUGUGAUCUGCUUUUUGGUGGCUGGCCUAACAUCGUUGUUGGCUGGGCUGUGCUAUGCAGAGUUUAGUGCCCGGGUUCCCCAUUCUGGCUCCGCAUAUCUCUACACCUAUGUCACUAUGGGUGAACUCUGGGCCUUCAUCACUGGCUGGAACCUCAUCCUCUCCCUUUUUGCUGAUGCAGUUAUUGUGAUCAAGGCCUGGUUCUUAACUUUUGACAUCUUGUCUGGGAACUGGAUCUCUGACACCCUCCCUGAGAGCAUCUCACAGCAUAUUCCCCAAGUCAUUGCAGACAAUCUAGGCUACUUUGCUAUGGUCCUUCUGUUGUUGCUCAUAGAAAUUGAAGAUCUGAGUGAUCGUGCAUUCUUCAUAGUUUUCAAAAUGUUCACAUGGGUGAAACAUUUGGUUCUCAGUUUUGUCAUCAUCUCUGGCUUCAUGAAGGGGGAUCUGCACAACUGGAAGCUCACAGAAGAGGACUAUGUAAAGGCUGGACUCAAUAGCACUUCUAGCUUGGGCCCUCUGGGCUCUGGGGAAUCCGUGCCUUUUGGCUUUGAGGGGAUUCUACGUGGGUCAGCUACCUGUUUCUAUGCAUUUAUAGGUUUCAGCAUUAUUGUUACCAGAGUCAAAGAAUCACACAAUCCAGAGCGUUCCAUCCCAAUGGCCAUUGUGAUUUCACAUUUCAUCUGCUUUUUGUUGUAUUUUGGUGUUUCUGCAGCACUUACACUCAUGGUGCCUUACUACCUGAUUCAACCUGGGAGCAUUUUGCCUGAUGCAUUUCUCCACAUCGACUGGGCCCCUGCCUACUAUGUCAUAUCUUUUGCAUUCCUCUGUAAUAUUUUUGUCAGCAUUUAUUGGGGCUUUACGUUCCCCAUACGUUGGGUGAUACACAUGAUGGCAAAGGAUGGCGUCCUGUUUCCAGUCCUUACCAAGAUCCAUACCGGCCCAUAUCCCUCCAUCCUGGUCACUGUGAUCUUUGUCACUAUUGCAGCAAUCAUAGUAUUCUUCUUUGGACUCACUGAUCUUCUGGACCUCAGGUCAAUUGGGACGCUGAUAUCUUAUUCCCUGGUAGCUUUUUGUGUUCUCAUCAUCAGGGAUCAGCCUGAGAGGAGGAAGAAGAAAAAUGAAGCAGAGAUGCAGGAGCAUAAUGAGGAAAAUGAAGCAGAAAUGCAGGAGGAGAAAGGACCUGCAACAGAGAAGCUGACUCUACAGGGACUAUUUUUUCCAGGCAGCCACACCCCCACUCCACUCUCUGGCCGGGUUGUCAUUGUUUGCUCCUCACUGCUUGUUCUGCUGCUGACUCUUCUCUGCCUGGUGCUGACCCAGUGGCCAGGUCUGCUCUCUGGAGACCCAGCGCCGAUCACAGUGGUUGUGCUGCUCCUGGUGCUCAUCACUGGGAUCACUGGGGUCAUCUGGAGACAGCCACAGAGCUCCACUUCCCUUCCCUUUAAGGUCCCUGCUGUGCCUCUCCUCCCACUCCUGAGCAUCUUUGUGAAUGUUUACCUUAUGACGCAGAUGACAGCUGUUACCUGGGCUCAGUUUGGUGUCUCCAUGUUGGUUGGGUUUGCUCUCUACUUAGGCUCUGGGAUCCAGCACAGCCUUAAGGGCCCAAACUGUAGCUCUUGA